AUGACUGCUGCAGCAUACACUAUUAAAAAUAAGCUGGAUGAGAUGGGCAUAGAGUUAGCUACCAAUAAGACUGAAAUGGUCAUUUUGGCGGGAAGACAGAAGAUGAAGGAGGUAGAAUUUAGCUGGUGCAAUACCAACAUUAAAAGCACAAGGGCGGUAAAAUACAUGGGAGUUUGGCUAGAUAAAGACGCUCGGAUGACCACCCAUAUUCGAAAACUUCAGGAAAAAACAGAGGCAAUCAUAAAGCAGUUAUCCAGAGUUAUGCCCAAUCUGAAGGGACCGGUGGCAGAAAAGAGGAGGACAUUGGCCUCGGUGGUGUCUUCCACGAUUCUGUAUGCGUCUCCCAUAUGGGAGAGAGCCCUAAAAUACAAACUCUACGAAAAUAUCUUAGACUCCAUAAAUCGUAAAAUAGCGCUGAGAGUAACAUCGGCAUAUAGAACAUCUCCAACUAAGGCCAUCCUGGUCCUAGCCGGUAUCCCACCGAUAAAGCUCCAAACAGAACAAAGAAGUCUAGUGUAUAAACAUGGAGACCAAUUCAGAUUUGAGGCCAGAAAUAUUAUACUGGACAAAUGGCAGGAUGCGUGGUCGCAAUAUCAAGGAUGGGCUAAAACGUUUAUUUUAGAUGUAAGGUUCUGGGUAAACUGCAAGGCAAUUAAUAAUAAGGAAGAUUUAUGUAUAUAUAUACAUAUAUGGAAAUGA